UCUGAGUUCAAAGUUAGGUUAUGCAGAUUUAAAACAACAUGAAUCUUUUAUAUUUCAUUGGAAUGCUUUUGUUUAUCAUUGGAAUUUCCCGACUAUCCCAUCAUCCUCUGCACUGACAUGGUUCUGCUGUGACAUCAUUUAGAGGGUGUGAGCAGUAUGUCCGUGGAUGAGAAGUCUGAAGCUCCCAUGUACGUGUAUGAGUCGACAGUGCACUGUGCAAACAUCCUGCUGGGUCUGAAUGAGCAGCGGAAGCAAGGCCUGCUCUGUGAUGUGACCGUGCUGGUGGAGGGAAAGGAGUUUCGCGCGCACAGGGCGGUCUUAGCAGCCUGCAGCGAGUACUUCCUACAGGGCUUCGUCACCCAAAGUGACAAUGAACUGGUUCUCAGCAUGCCAGAGGAGGUCAGUGCCCAGGGAUUCGCUCCAUUGUUGCAGUUUGCCUACACGGCUAAGCUGCUGCUCAGCAGAGAAAACAUCCAGGAGGUCAUUCGCUGUGCUGAAUUCCUGCGUAUGCACAACCUGGAGGACUCCUGCUUUCGCUUCCUGGAGGCCCAACUGCGCAGCGAGGAGGAUGGCCUGCUUCUUUGUCGCAAGGUGGCAUCUGAGAUCAAUCAUGCAGAGGACGAGAGUAUGCAGCCUGAGGUGUUGAUGACAUCGACAACUGCAGUGACACUGUCUGGUGCUCCACACACCAGUCAUCGCACUGAGGCCCUGAACUCAUUGCAACAACCAGACCAUGAGCAGCUGGCAGCGGUAGAAGAUUUUGCUGAUGGGCAGAUGGACUUUGAACGACAUGGCACCUCGGACCUCCCACGAUGCCCUAAAUACAGGAAGUACCAAUGGGCAUGCAACAAGCACAAUAACAACACCUCCUCACACACCAGUACCUCAGGUAUUUCAAGCACAUUCAAGGAGAUGAGCAGGCCAGCUGUGAUGCAAAUCAAGCAGGAGCCACGCAGCGAGGAAGAGUUAAUCUCGCUUUGCCUGUCAGGGGAUGAGCAGGAUGAAAGGGAAAAGGAUGGUUUGGCUGAGAUGGAGCUUGACGGAUCUAUCACAAUGGACCAACCUAAAAGCAGCAGCAAGUCACCCAGCUGCCUACAAAAUCUCUUUAAGACGAACCUGCCUAGCUCACCCCAGCAGAUAUUUGCAAACAGACUCGUCAAUGCCCAGGACAAAGGAACUACUCAGGGAGACCACAAAAAAGACUACAGGCCUUUGCUCGGCAGCGAGCUUGGCAUGCCUGUGGCAUUCCCCAAAGAUGCUGAUGGUUUCCCGCCAGGGAUCUCGCUGAAGUCAGCUUCAUGUGAUGGCGUUUGCAAACAAGAGGUGGAGCUGGACCGCCGCAGUGUCAUCUUCUCCUCAGGGGCCUGUGACCGACUGGGUACACCCACUCACUCUCACCCCAGUGGGAACUCUUUGGAAAAAGAUCUCUCAGAAAACAUGCCAAAGGGACUGUGGGCUGGUGCUAGCCAGUCCCUCCCUAGCUCCCAGACCUACUCCCCCAGCACCACAGCCAGUGACCCACCCCUGCUCUGCCGCCAAAGACCCAAAACCAGCUGUCCAGUGCCAAUCAAGGUAUGCCCGCGUUCGCCCCCUUCAGAGACCAGAACCAGGACCUCCAGUUCGUGUUCCUCCUACUCUUAUGCUGAAGACGGGAGUGGUGGUUCCCCCUGCAGCCUGCCACAGUUUGAGUUUUCUUCCUCACCGUGCCCCAACGUGACACGAUGUCUCACUGCCGAUCCACAGGAGUCAGGCGGUGGAACGGAGGCACUAUUUGCACGGGUGCGGCCCAAGAUAAAGUGUGAGCAGUCCUAUGGAACCAAUUCUAGUGAUGAGUCAGGGUCCUUUUCAGAGGGUGACAGCGAAUCAUGUUCUGUUCGGGAACAAGGCCCUGAGGUCAAGCUUCCUUUCCCUGUUGAUCAAAUCACAAAUCUUCCACGCAAUGACUUCCAAAUGAUGGUGAAAAUGCACAAGCUGACCUCAGAGCAGCUGGAAUUCAUCCACGAUGUGCGCCGACGCAGUAAAAACCGCAUCGCAGCCCAGCGCUGCCGCAAAAGGAAAUUGGACUGCAUCCUCAACCUCGAGUGUGAAAUUCGCAAACUGGUUUGUGAGAAGGAGAAGCUGUUGACGGAGCGUAAUCAGUUGAAGUCAUGUAUGGGAGAGUUAUGGGAGAACUUCUCCUGUCUGUCUGAGGAGGUGUGUCGAGAUGUGCAGCUGAGCCCAGAACAGGUACAUCACUACUGCCCCAUACUGUGUCCCAGCAACGCCACUGGCAACCAGGCCCUGCCAACCGGCAGCAUUGACCUCACCACUUGCUCCAACCCCGAACAGAGCUUCCUCAAAUCGGCCACCACAACAGACAGGAAAAAGCGACCGGUGUCAGCCAAGUGGAAGACCGGAAACGGGCCAGAAAAUGCAGGCAAUGAUGGGGAGGAGCAAGAAGCUGGCUCCGCCUACCUUGAGGCGGGGCUUUCCCUGGAACAGUCCAAUCAGACAGUGACAGUAGACUUCUGUCAAGAGAUGACAGAUAAAUGUACAACCGACGAACAGCCCAGAAAGGACUGUACCUAAUGACAGUGGAAUCUGUGUUUGUUUGUUUCUUUUAUGAUUUUUUUAUUAUUUAAUUUAGUUAUGUCUUCUGACAUACCCUCAAGAGGGCUGUUGAGAUGGCCAGCCUCUGCCAGUGUUUUUUAUUUUAUAUAUAUUUAUGUCUUGUAUUGUCUUUUUUAAAACAAAGUUUGACACUACAGUUGUCUUAACAGCAGCAAUACUGUUUUCCAGGUUCUCGCUCUUUCAGCCAGUGGCUGAGACCUUCUCACAGAACUUCAAAUGGUGCUAAACCUUUCCAUGAUGGUGACUUCUUCUGUGGUCUCACUGUCUGUUUCCUAUUACAGUCCAUACAAAUGGGAUGAGGACUGACCACAUCUCAAAUUCAGACCUCUCCGGACCUAGCAGCAGCUUUUCACUCUACCCCCCUCCCACCCCCACCUCAAUUCACUGUUCCUUCCCUCUACCUCCAAAUCUCGCUUUCUCUCUUUACUCUCUUUGUGGCCCUUGUCACAGUAACUUCAAACUCAGGAAAUAUUCUGAAUGUUCAGUAUAAUUCAUAAAAAAUAAGAAUACAGAUUCUGUAUACUUAAAAGAUUUUUUUUUCUACAGCAGCUAGACUGUAAAUGUCCAUAUGCAAAUAUGUCUUCUGCAUCAUACGUUUGUAAAGGACUGUGUUACCACAACACUUAAUUUGUACAGACAGUGGUAUCUAAAAACAUUCCUUCUUUGCCUUCCACAGCACUGAUAUGAAAGUAAGACGGAUAGACAGAUGAGUAAAGAAUGAUUCAAAUAAUGGUUUAGCCACCUUUUGCAUCAGCAAUACUGUACAAUUUGGAUGUUUUUGAGAAUAAUGUACUAAGUGCUUGCUUCGCAGAAAGUGUAUUGUAAAUACUAUGGAGCAUGAAGACAGUCUGAGUAAUAUUGUACAGGUAGAAACUUAGAUGGUUUAUUUGUUUGAAUUUGUUUCUCUCUCUCUCUCUCUCUCUGGGGUUGGAUCAAGCACGUUUUGUCACAAAGGGAAAAUCGUCGCUGUUUCCUGUCUCAUAUGAAUUCCCCACAACAAUGGGCUUGCUUAAACUCAGGAAACGAGCAUUGUUACACUCACUUAUCCACAUGCAUGCACAGACACCCACACACUUGCUCACAUAUGAAAGGAACACAGUCCACACUGCAGUGCAUAGAGCCCCAUGCAUGUAAUUUGGAUUUUAAUGGUGUGGACGAUGUCAUGUGCGUAUAGUGACCUCACCGCCACUGGUGAGCUAUUCUUGAUUAAAUGUGAAAAGACUCCCAGCUUGAUGUGCUUUUCCGAGAAAACCCUAUUUGUUAUCAGUAUUUACAGCUGCUGCGCAUGGGCUGCUGUGCUCACAGACACCUCUUGGAACAAUUUCAGUGUUAUGUUAGAAAACGUCUUCAUAAAAUUACACCCUUUCAGUCUCGGGCCGUCAGAGGUCAGAUGAAGGACCCUGCCCUCACCUGCGGCACUUUCUCUCAUUCCUCUCUCAGCACUCUUUGACCGUUUAGCACUUCUGAAAGGGUAGAUUCAUUUUCAGGACCCUGAAAAGUCUGAAAUUGAAGCACUUAACACGGAUGCUUAAAAGCGUCUCUCCAGGCAGAUUAUCUGAUACGUUUUAGUGUUCAUAUACAACAUUUAUAUGAAUGACAUAAUGAGCAUUUUCAGGAAUUUGAUUCAUUUGCAUCAUUUAAUAAAAAUAUUUAAAGUUUAAUAUCGCAAUAGGAGGGUGUUCACAACAUAUAUUUAUGGAAGACACUAAAAAAGCUGAAAAAUCUGACAAUUGGAUGGAAUAAACCCAUUCUUUAAAGAUGUCCUAUAUAGUUCCCUUAAUUGUACAUUUGUUAGACAAGUAUAUCCAUACUAAUGAGAUUGCAUGCUGCCUGUAUAUUUUAAAUAGUUUGUUUAGACUUUCUUUACCUCAAGAUGUAGUCCUCAUAAAAAUGGUUUUAAUCCAGACAAGUUUACUUUGGUUUCAGUGAGCAAAAAAUGACUUGGAAAACUGAAUAAAAUGGUUUAUUAAUGGUUACAAAGACAAUCCCAGCUAUUUUUUAAAGAUCUCCUAAUGUGACAAAGUUGGGAAUGCCAUUUGUCCCCUAAAGCUAUAUGUGUGUGUGCUUGUGUAUUUGUGAGUCUGAUGGUUUGAUAUUGUUUGAUAUUCAGACGCAUUGCAAGUUCUCAGACAUACAUACCUUACUUUCUCCCUCUCGUAUGCAAGGCUCAUGUACACACAUGCAUAUAUGUAUUAACAUACACAAGCACACUCACUCAUGCUGGAUGGGGUGUCCUCUCCUUGGGGUAUAGAAUCUAGAGGUGUUGUGAUGGAUAGUUGUGCUAUUGUUUUUCUUGUGGAUCUGUUCUUUCGCUCUUUAUCUCUCACUCUGCCUUUCUCUCUUUUUCUAAAGAAAUUUAAACAGUAUUUGCCAUUUCUAAAUUGUAAUCAGGUACAAGACUAGGACUAAAGAUUUAUGGGUCCAGGUGGACAUUGGUGUACACAUAUGCAAAUCAUCCCUAUAAUCAGGGCCGUAGCAAGGUAAUCUGGGCCCCCUGACUGUAUAUUGCUCUGGGCCCCUUUCCUAUUAAAAAAAUACAGUUUAGAAUUUGUUUUGGGGGCCCCUGGACCUUUGGGCCCAUAGAAUCGUUACUACCUUUCACACCACUAGCUACGGCCCUGCCUAUAAUUAUAUUUUUGUUGCUAGUCUCAUGUUGUAUAAAUAAUGAAUAAUGAAACGUGGAAAGGAUGAAUUUCCAUUUGACAAGCACACUGUCGUACACUCGAGAAUCUACAUCAGCCUUUGAGAUGAAUAAACAGUUUUGACAUUUAUAGAGGGGGAAAAAGUUUCCGCUCGCAACAACAGGCAUUCAAAACAUUUCUGGCAAUUCUCCCAGAUCCGCUCUCUAUGAUCUUAGCUGUUUGUUUUCCUCAGAUAGCAGUGUAUUUGUUGUGUAUUUGUGGGCUGUACAUGAUACUGCUGACUCCUCACACUUGCACACUUGGCCUUAAGAGCCUGGGGAACUUUUGGUUCAGGCUGACAUUUUGAUGCAGAUGUGGAUGGAUAGAAGAGAUGGUUAGACUGGGAGUUUGAUCACAUGACAGUGGAAUUCAGACCUCUGUUAGCCUCUGCUCCUAAACGCUGCGUCAUGUUUGCCUCCACGGUGACUUCAAGGGUUCAGCUUGGUCACCUGGUUACAGGAAGCCUCACAGGUUUAAGUAAGCUUAUUAGCUCUACUCUCAAAAACACUUUUGCUAGUUUUUGUUGUUUUAUUGAGGUUUUUAUUUUCUCAUCAGACUUAUGGUUGCUCUUGUGUCUUGUCUCAGGGUGUGUGCCAACAGUUUUUUAUUCGGUUUUCAGAUCUAUUUAAACAUUUCUGAUGGUAGCUGGUAAGCUCAGCUUUCUUUCUCGUCAUAUUUUUUUUGUGUCUUGCUUAUUUGUGUGUGUCUUUUGAUUCUUAUAAAUCUAAUGGGUGAUUGGUAUGAUUUUUUUUUUUCAUGUUUCUAAGCUAAUAAUUGAUGCAUAGAGAGAAAAAAAAAAAAUAUCGAUUUGCACAAGUCUUUCGGAUGAAAACCCAACAAGGGCUAUGGGAAAUCUCAAAAUAAAAUCCAGCAAUUCGUUUUUGGUUUUAAAUUGGCUGCUAGAGCUAAUCUGUUUCUAAGCUAAACUUUCAAUCUGCAGUUUGCAGUCAGCUAAGCAAAUGCAUAUUCAAAGUAUAUUUUAAGCUGCAGUAAAUGUAAUUCAGUAUCGAUUAUCAGUACUGUAUAAGAAAAUGCCCUCUUCUUCGUAAGCUGUUUUGAAUUGAAAUUGUUGUUUAAAUUGUUCUUUUUGUUUCAUUUGUGCUGCUUCUCUGAAAUAUUAACACUGGCGUUCCAAAGGUUGCUUUUUUGACAAGGAUAAAAACUUGCCUUUUUCACAAUUAGCUUAACUUUAUAAAACAUUUUGUAUUCCAACUGAACACACAAGCUGAACUCAUCCAAACAGCGAAACAAAAAGGCAAAAUGUUUACAAAAAAAAAAAGUGUCAUGUUUUUAUGAGAAUUUACCAUGUACAUAGAAAUUGUGAGGAUAAUUUAAAUGGGUAGUUUUAGUGUUCUCUCUUUGUUUUUGUAUGUUUUUAAAAGAUUAAAGAGAAAUGGCAUUUUGAGAACUAUGCUCCUUUUCCUCAAGUUGUCUUUUCACCCGACGGGGAUGCUCAAGUGUACCAUGAAUACAAAGUGCACCUCCAACUUUGCCUUAGAACUUACAGAGGUCAUAGUUCACAUUCAAGUGAAGUGUGUAUGCAGGGGCAAUGAGACCCCAUAUUUCGGCUAGCAGAGCGGACUCUUUCUCACAAUUAUCUACCUGUGAAAUCCUUCAUACCUCUCAUAAUUGGUCAAUGACUGUAUCAGCAAACUGCAUCAGGUGUUUUUUCUACAUACUUUUUACACAGAUUAUAUGGAUUAUUGUAUUGGUAGAUUUUGGUGCAUCAUUUUGAAUGGAUUAGCUCAUUGGCUUGUAGUCACAAACAUUGUUUUUUCUCUCACUCUUUAUCUGUCUUUCUGACUAAUUUUUUUUUUCUAGGAAGAAAUAUUGUUAAUAUUUGAGGUAGCUGUUUCUUUGAUUAUUCUAUACUAAGAGUUUUUCCUUUUUUUCAUUUUUAAAUGCUACAUGACCCUAAUGAAUUUAAUGACUUCAAAACCAUUGUACAUACGGUAUUGUGCAGGACUCAUUUUCAUGCAUUUCAAUUGCUAGUGUUAAAUAAAUGACAAAUUUUGUCUAGACACCAUUUCUGUUUAUGAAAUAAAGAAACAUAUCAUGUAUGUUGUUUUAUGGUUGUUUGAUUCACCGUUUUGAUGACACCAUUUGCCAGAUAGCAAAUUAAAACUGUGGUUUAAGCGUAAGAAUAUUUGAAGUAUUAA